ACUGCUACAACUAAUCUUGCUUUCUAAAACCAAAGAGAACCAACAACCAACUGAUAGUCUUGUUACAUCAGAACUCUUUGUGUGAUUAAAUUGCAUUCUAACAGAGGAGCAUUGUACUGAAAAUAAACCUGGACGAUAGCUUGAUACAGAAAGUCUCAUGAAUAAUGGAUGAAGAAGGGGCUCCACUCUCUCAAGGAAUUUGACACACACCAUUGAAGAGGAUCGCUGCAAACAUGCUUCAAGUCAAGAGUAGAAUCCGGUGAAUUUGACAACUAAACUCUUCAGAUCACCAUCACUGCUCAUUUUUGGAACAGUGAACAUCACGCUUUGCCAUGGAUAAAAUCAACGUUCUCCUGUGAAUUUUAUGAAUAUUUCUUCUUUGCAACCAACAUCGCUGCAUUUACACGUAGAAAGGCAACACAGAGAACUACAGCUACAUGUACAUACUCAUGCAACAUAUUUCUAGAAUGACUCAGAAGUUAUCAAAGUAAACAAUAGGAGAGAUUAUUUUGAUUAUGCCUUCGUCAAAUUCUUGAGAUUUUGAAAAAACAACUUUGCUAGAGAUUUUCAUUGUCUAUCAUCAUGGCCGCUUGGGUGAAGGAAAACUUUAAUCGAGUCAGACCUCGUUCGCAGUCUUCGAGAAACAUUUUCAAACCUGGAAAUACAACGUCGGUCAUCUUCUCAAAGGGACUUCUGAACGCUCCUGGAGAUAAUAACUGCUUUCUGAACAGUGCUGUACAGGUAUUAUGGCAUCUGGAUGUAUUCCGGAGGAGUUUCCGUGAGAUGCAUGGCCAUGCCUGUAUGGGCACAUCGUGUAUCUUCUGUGCAUUAAAGGCGUUAUUCAUCCAGCUACAGCACAGUGAGGAGACUGCAUUACCGGCUGAUGCUCUGAGAAAGGCUCUUGCUACUGCUUUCAAAGAUCAGCUACGCUUUCAGCUAGGAUGCAUGGAUGAUGCAGCAGAAUGCUUUGAAAACAUUCUGGUGCGGAUCCACUUCCAUCUAGCUCAUAAUAUCAAGGAGGACCUAUGUGAUGCAAAACAUUGCAUCCCUCAUCGCAAGUUUGCUAUGACACUUAUUGAACAUAGUAUUUGCAAAUGUGGUGCUACAUCAGAACCUUUCCCCUUCACCCAGAUGGUCCAUUAUGUGUCCAGCACAACACUGUGUACUGAAGCUAGCAGGAUGAGGAAGGAAAGAGUCUGGCCGAACACAGAUCAUUUUGGAGUUCUGCUGAGGAAAGCUGGUGCUAUCGGUGAUGUCAGGAAAUGUCCUAGUUCAUGUGGUAAGAACAUCCAUAUCAGGAGAAUACUCAUGAACUGUCCUGAUGUCGUGAGUAUUGGACUGAUCUGGGAUUCUGACAAGCCUGAUAUUGAUCAUAUAACAGAUGUCAUCUGUAAUCUGGGUACAACUAUUCAACUCAGAGAGCUCUUUGAUGACACUGUGGAUGAUAGGGCUAAGGCUAACAGCCUUUUCCUGGUCGGUCUUGUGACCUACUACGGCAGGCAUUACACCACGUUCUUCUAUAAUACCAACCUAAGAUACUGGGUCUACUUCGAUGAUGCUGUUGUCAAACAGGUUGGUCAUAACUGGUCUGAUGUUGUGGAUAGAUGUCGGAGAGGUCAUUUUCAGCCUCUGUUACUUCUGUACGCAUACCCUGAUGGUAAAGCAGUGUCAACGGUCACAGCCCCCAAGCGCAUAACUAUGCUCAAAGGAUACGACAAAGAUGACAAGGAAAAUGGAGGACCACUUGUCCACCCAAACAAACCUGAGGAAUCACUGUUACUCAAGGUCCUCACCGAGCCAGAAGAACCCAUCCCAAUCCAUCAUUACCAUGGUAACAGUAACAGUAGCACCAUGAGUGGACAGAGUGCAAGCUCCAACGAUUCCCAGAAUACCUUGGUCUAUCAGCCAGUGGGGACAGUCCCUGAGUUCCAGGCAACGUCGGAGAUCAGGACGCCUCCAAAGGGUGAAUCCUCCAGGGACAGCAGGAGAAACGAAGCCGAUUGGACGAUCGGUAAUGACGGGUCUGUCGCAAAUGCAACCAGGGCUAGUUGGAUUCCAAAUUCCAUUGUCGAGAUAGGGCAUGAUGCCCUGAACUAUGUGCCUAUGAAGAAGCCUGGUGAAGGAAGCUAUGCCAUCUCUCAGUUUGCUCUACAAGGACACGAUGAAGCUGCGGACAGAGGAACUGGUUCCAAGACAAUGCCUAGAGUCCAGAAUGGAGGGAACCAGACCGAGAGACCUUCAUCUGCUAAGGAUUUAUCGUACGGUCAGAGGAUCCAGCCGAUGUCACCACAGCAGAGUCGAAGACCAUCUUCAGCACAGUCUAAGAUCAGUAGGCAAUCGGUUAGACAAGUUUCCUCUUCUGUUGUGAGUACAAAUGAUUCAGCCUCACAAAGGACAGAUACCGGCUCUCAGGGAGGAGCAAUGUACAAUGCCAAGACAGGAAUGAUCACCGGGCAUAAAGAAGCACAGUCUCCUCAACACAUGCCUCAACAUAGCCUCACCUUUGAGCCUUAUGGUAACUUUGCAACCGAAGUUGAACGUGACCCUGUAGCACAGAAAAACAGGCAACUGAACAUCAAACCUCUACAGGAAUUCAGUGUAAGACAGGGACCUCAAGAUGCCACUAUGAACCCAACUAAUGUUCUAGCUCCAAAUCAACAACCCCCAAAGACUAAUGUGGUCAGACAAGGAUCUUGGAGUAAUGGUUCUAGUGGACAAUAUACCGGAGAUCCCGUCCAGAGAACUUCCUCUGUCCAAAGAGCAAGUUCAUUGACUAUCAAACCUCUUGACAGAUAUCAAGAUUCCCAUAGUAGUAACCCUGAUUUGAAAUCCGAUGCAAAUCACUCUAGAGGACUGAAUUCAAAUGCAAGCUAUACAAGUUCCAAUGGUGGACAGUUUCCCAAGUAUUCAAGUGUGCCAGACCUGCAGCGGCAGAUGAAUCCUCAUGAUGAUAUACCUGGGAAACAGUUUUCGAGGACAAACCCUCCUGCAGGAUCAAGGUCAAUGAAGCGUUCCCCCUCGUUAGACCAGCCUGUAUCUGCAGGAGGUAUACUAGAUACGGCAAUCCGUAAUUGUGAACCAACUCCAACGCAGAAUCAACAGCGUGAUGGACGUCACAUACCACUAAUGAGAUCAUCAUCGGUUACUCAAAAUCCUGAAGAUAAGCAAGCCAGGGCAAAGUACAACAUACAGAAUAAGUUCCUGACCCUACCAGGAAAGAAACAGGCUAAUCAGUUCAGACCAAGUAGUAAUAAGCAGAGCUUGAUGAGUAGCAGUGGUGGAAUAGGGUACAGUUCUGCUCCACAAAGAGACACGACGUACCAUCAGUCGUCUAGCACCGAGAACAGCUCACAAGGGACAUCCCACCAUGAAGGACUCACUAUGAGACAAACACCUGAGGUGCACGUCAGCAAGGGUUUAGACAUUGAUUCCAUCGCGAGCAGGGACUCCGGUUACAGGAGUCGAGACAGGUCAAGCGCAAGCUCCGGAAGUGUCUAUUCUCUGGAUGGACAUGCUUCCGAUGUUCCACCACCAAGUGUAACGGCUUCAGCGUCCAGUAAUUCCCAUGAUAAAGAUAUCUCUAAGUAUGGACACGUGCACCAGGGUUUUGAUAAGAAUCAACCGUCACCCAUGCACCAUCAGACAAGUUACAGAGGCGAUGCCCAAAGACCUCAAACGCCUACAAGACAACUUGGUCAGCAGUUCACACCUGCUGCAGCCGACAAAUCAGACCGCAGAACUCAAGGAUCUGAGGAUGUAGUCAUUGAAUUCAUGCAGGGUGUUGAAGAACAGUUACUCUCAUCCAAGAAGGCUGAAGAGGAAGGGGAUUUGGCAUUAGCACUUGGUCUCUGCACAGCAGCAGCUUCGACGUUAAAGAUUGCGUUGCGCCAAGAUGGCUUGAAAGACCAGACCAAGCUAUUCCUGCAGACCAAGUACAAUACGACCGUGCUGAAAUCACGAGGGUUGCAUCGCCGAUUGACCUUACUUAGAAGAUCAGAAGGGGACAGAAACAUCCACAACAAGCUCACUCCACCUGCACCUCCAAAGCCAGACUAUUCAAGAGACAAACCAAUUGUGAGGAUGGAUAGCAGGGAAGAAAUGCAGCGACAAGAGCAGGACUCAAUGCAGCAGAUAGCGCUCUUGAAGAAGCGAGUGGAAGACCUAUCAUCGGUACAGGACACCAGCAGACUGUAUGGACAGAAGAGUUCUACCGAACAGACUGAUUCGUCAAGGAGCGGCUAUCAACCUCGGCAGUAUCAGAGCGUCCCAUCAUCACCUUCCCUGCAGCGUAAUAGAACGAGUGGCAAUCAGACCAUGCAGUAUGGAUCAGCUACCAGUAUGACAUCAGGCGCUCCGAUGGGACAUGGACACAGUCGGAUCCAGCAUGACCCUUCUAAUGGACAGGGACGGGUGCCACAAGGACACGGUGUACCUCAGGGAUCCUCCUUGGAACCAUCAGGACACCAAACCUCUGCUCCUCCUGUGCACAAAGACUGGAAUCAAUCACAGGUUGGCUAUACAUCGGGUUACGCUACGGUGGGGCGGAGCUCCACGCCCCUUGGUUUCACGUCCACGUCACGUCCGGCAGAGGUCAGCAGCUCCCGUUACCGAUCGCAGACUCCCACCCCCUACCUGGGAUCGACGAAACCCUCGUCGGGCUACGCUGGACACCACAUCCACACAACAGGGAACCGUAAUAACAAUGCUAUCACCCAACAGAACGGGAGAGACGCAGCCAGAGUGUACCAGAACACGGCAAGUGAGACACAACAGAGGAACUAUAACCAAGAUUGGGUCCAAAGGGAACAACCAAGACAUGGAUUGGGAAAACUUACGAUGUCUGAUACCACGACGUUCAUCAAGUAUAACAGUGCUGUACCCAAGCAGAGAGGUGUAAAUGGAUCCAGUGCAUACCCCGAGCGUGACAACGGAGACAAUCUCAUUGACCUGUUAUAACGACAUGUAUAAGACUAUUCUCACUACAUGUAUAAGACUAUUCUCACCAUGGUCAUUUGUAAUAACAAUACAUAAAGCAUUUUCAAGUUAUAACAGUUAUUCAGAUUUAUACAUUAACUUAGCACUGAGCUGUUACAUUCACCUGUAGAACUGGGCUUUUGACAAGAGUGACUUGAAGGAUUUGCUAUUGGGGGGGGGGGGGAUGUUUUUAUCCGACGUCAAUGAAAGGGAGCUCCAGAUCGGGAUGGUUUGGGGGUAGAGUCGAGUAGGGGUAGCAGUCUUGUUGGUCUGGACAGUGUUGUAGUUCAAGGGCAGGUUUUGCCUAGUUGUCUAAAUGUCUCAAAUAAUGAAUAAUGAAUAAUUUUGAAAUUAUUCAUUAUUGUAGAUUGAUGAUUGACUUGCAGGGAAGAAAAUCCAAUCCUAAUACAUAUUUGCAGUGAGAGAAAGCAAAAGAAUCUCAUGACUAAUAUAAUUUUUUUUUAAUAUGGAAACUAAAAUCAUUGUAAAAAUAUGAAAUCCAUUGUCCUUUAAAGGAAUGGAUGGAAGAUGGAGUAAUGGCAAUACUUGGUAUCCAAUAGUGUUCCCAAGUUACUAAGUUUAAACAAAAAACUGUGAGUGAA